AUGGGUGAGCGGAAGGUGCUGAACAAGUACUACCCGCCGGACUUCGACCCGUCGAAGAUCCCCCGGCGGCGGCAGCCGAAGAACCAGCAGAUCAAGGUGCGCAUGAUGCUCCCCAUGAGCAUCCGCUGCGGCACCUGCGGCACCUACAUCUACAAGGGCACCAAGUUCAACUCGCGCAAGGAGGACGUCGAAGGCGAGAAAUACUUGGGAAUACAAAUAUUUAGGUUUUACUUCAAGUGUACUAAGUGCUCAGCAGAGAUAACUUUCAAAACGGACCCUCAGAAUUCUGACUACACAGUGGAAUCUGGGGCUAGUCGGAAUUUUGAACCUUGGCGUGAAGAGGAUGAGGUAGCAGACAAAGAAAAGAGGAAACGGGAUGAAGAGGAGAUGGGCGAUGCAAUGAGAGCAUUGGAGAAUAGAGCAAUGGAUUCAAAGCAGGACAUGGAUAUACUUGCUGCUUUGGAAGAGAUGCGAUCCAUGAAGUCUAGACAUGCUGGAGUCACAGUUGACCAGAUGCUUGAAAUUUUGAAGCAAUCUGCUCAUGAUAAGGAGGAAAAAACAGUAGCAGAGCUAGAUGAAGAAGAUGAGAAACUUAUCAAAUCAAUCACUUUUCACAACUCCAAAGAUUAUGUAAAACGGAUAGAAGAUGACGAUGACGAUGAUGAAGAUUUGGCUAUACCAGGCCAAUCGAGUAGCACAUCAAAGAUGAAUGGAUCCUCUGAGUCAGCAGUGAAUCCAACAGAUGUGUUGACCAAGACUAGUGGAUCUGAAAAUGCCAAUAAAGAAGGAAACAAGAGCUGGCCAUCAAAGAUGCCGAAAUUCAUAGUGAAGCCGAAGUCAGAUCCUAGUAAGAAACAGAAGACAGAGACCGUCGCGACCCCAGAUAAUGGUAAAGCGCCAAUCGUAGAAAUAAAAAGUGAACCUGCGCAGAACAAUGUUCUCCAGUCCCUCUGCCAAAACUACGACAGCGAUGAAAGUGAGUGAUGCUUCCGCCGCCUGUCUGCUUCGAGUCGUAACUGCGAAUCGCCAUUGCACUGGUUGCAGUGGAGGAUUAAGUGCUAACACUGGAUCACCAGAUUUCUGAGGAUCAAUUGCCACGAAUCCAAAUCCCAAUCCGUGGCUAUUCUAACAGCCCAGGCGAGAUCUGUGCGUGUGUUGUUUGUAGCGGGAUAAACAUCCCGUAAUCAAAUUACACAGGUAAUAUCAAUAUCCUGUAAUAUUGACAGUGAAGAUAGUUAUUAACAUUGGGUUCUUGCGCCAAUUCUUGAUAUUUGGAGGUUAUAAAGUAACUCAAAACUACGUUGCUGACAUGCGUCCAGUCUU